CAUUGCACACACCCGAAUGGAAAAAGUGCGUUGUAUAAUGUUUAUUAUAUCUAUACAGCCCCAAGUUAGUGAUUAGAUAUUGUCUGUGUGCGUGUGGUAAAUAUAUAUGUAGAUAUAAGUUCUCAAUUAUAUUUAUAUGUAUUAAAAUUAUUAUUGUUAGGCCGUUUUAAAAUACGUCUUUAUUAUUGUAAGCUGUGCACUGCUCCAUUCAUUUACAGUUUUACUGCUUAAGAACGUUAGUGCAUCAAAAUCAACACCGAAUUUUAUUAAUCAAAAUUUAUUUAAUAAAAAAAUGGCAAAUAGAACUGUACCCCAAAGACCUAAUGGCCAAACUCCUGGAAAACUAUGUCAGUUUAAAUUAGUACUUUUAGGUGAAUCAUCAGUAGGAAAAUCUAGUCUAGUACUAAGAUUUGUCAAAGGACAGUUCCACGAAUACCAAGAAAGUACAAUUGGAGCGGCAUUUCUUACUCAAACAAUUCAUUUAAAUGAUGUAGCAGUAAAGUUUGAAAUAUGGGAUACAGCUGGACAAGAACGUUAUCAUAGUUUAGCUCCUAUGUAUUACAGGGGUGCUCAAGCUGCAAUUGUAGUUUAUGAUAUAACAAAUCAAGACACUUUUGAAAGAGCUAAAAAUUGGGUAAAAGAACUUCAAAGACAAGCCACUCCAGGUAUUGUUAUAGCAUUAGCUGGAAACAAAUUAGAUUUAAAUACAAUGAGAAGUGUGCAAACUGAUGAGUCACAAACUUAUGCUUAUGAUAAUGGGUUGUUGUUUAUGGAAACUUCAGCUAAAACUAGUGCUAAUGUCACUGAAAUUUUCAAAGCUAUUGCUGAAAAACUUCCCAAAAAUGAAACAUCAAAUACAGCUAGCCAAGGUCGGCGUCUUGUUGAAUCUGAGGGUCCAAAUAGAAGUCUGAGUAGCUGCUGCAAGUGAUACAAUAAAAUCAACUGCAGAUGUAACUAGGUUUGUGUAAAUGGUGGAAGAAUAUUAACAAAUAAUGUAUUUUAUCUAUGUAGCAAAAAUUAUUUUAUUAUUUUUAUUUAGUUAAUAAUAUUUCUACAAAACAGUUUAUUUUACCAAAUAUUUUGUGUAUUGAUUAAUUAAAUGUGUUAUAUUGGUAAUACUAAGAAUAAUAUUGGCAUAUACCAUAAUGCCAGACAAUAUUUCCAACAAUUGUGAUAGUAAUGAAAUCAUCUAAUUUAAUUAUGUAUCUAAACUUCCAAAUAAAAUUUUCUUAUUAUUA